UCAAACAAUCGGGUUAAGGAAGGAUUCGGAUUAUCCAAUUCGUGGAUCAGAAUCACACUUGACCGUUACCCGCCUCGAACGACGGCGACGAAAGAGGACAGAGACUCCUCGUCUCUUCGACGGAGAUAAUUUAACUCAGGAUCGAUCGCCUCGUUCGUUCCGUUGAUCGUAUUCUCAAAGUCGACUCGCGUCUACUCUAAUUCGCCAACGGUGCCUCUCGGCUGAAUCUAGGAAUCAAGUGACAAGUCAACAACUUUCCUGAAUAACUACCGUAAUGGUCAGCUUAAGUACUCUUAAUAUGUCACAGAGUUAUAUUACAAACCUUGGUCAGGUCUAGACUUUGCAAAGCUUUGGAUUCUCUGAUUCCGUGUCCGUGUUAUGGACGCUCCUCCCAAUCCCAAGCGACCUUGCCAUGACCCUUCUUCGGUCAAAGAUCCCAGCUCCCUCCAUCUCGCUCCAGGUUUCAACCAAAGCAACGUGGAUACGACCAUCUCCUCUUUCCUUUCCUUGUCGGACUUGCCUCUGUUCUCCUCCUCGCCACUCUCCAUCGCCUGCUCUUUCGAUCGAGUGCUUGAUAAAGUCAUUGAUGCCUCCGAUCAUGAUCGUUUCCUCGAUCGUACUCUCCAACUCGCGUCGCUUCUUCACAACUCCACCAAGCGUUGCAUAAGGAAACGCGCCACCCUCCACAACUCUAUAUCCUGGCCUCUCCUCCCUGAGCUAACCACCAAGGUGUUUUCAAUGCUUGAUACCAAGUCUCUAAUGCAAGCUUCUGUGUGCUGCACAAUGUUCAACAAGUGUGCCAUGGACCGUGUGUGUUACUCCCACAUCGACCUCACAAUGGCUGCCAAAAAUGUUGAUAAUGGUGUUGUGUGUAUUAUGAUCCAUCGGGCUGGAAAAGAACUCAGAUCCCUCAAGCUUGGUUCUAUCUCUUCCAGAUCAACGUUUUUGCUUACGAGAUCUUGUCUUGCUCCACUGUCUUUUAAUCACGGUUUUGCUGGGGGUCUCUUGAGAAGCCUACACCUUUACAAUCUGACACUCACGCCUGGAAAGUCCUUAUGUGCUGUGUUGUCACUCUGUCCAAAUCUCACUGAUUUGAAGGUUAUUGGAUUUAUAUCAGGUACUGACAAGGUAAAUUCAGUAGAGCAUCUAGCGCCAAUCACUACGAAUUGUCGCUUGAUAGAGCAUUUGUUCUUAGAGAACUGUGGUGCAGCAGGACCCCCAUCAAGUUCAUCCGUGGUUGAGUUUGUGGAUAAUUGCCCCAACUUGAGCUCGCUAACACUCUUUCAAUUUGGGGUAAACGACGCAAUGACCCGAACUAUUAUUAUGGGUUUUCGUCAACUGAAGUACAUAAACCUGUCUGGAACUUAUGGAAUUAGUGGUUCCUUUUUGAGGGAUUUGGGACUUAGCUGCAAAGACAGUCCACUCGAGACUCUAUCGUUGCGCGACUGCUAUUAUCUAAAAGAGAGAGAAGUGUUGCUGUUUUUGAAUUCAAUACUUGCGGGAGACUUCAAAUCAAUUCGGUACAUUGACAUAUCAAGCAAACACGGUUUAGUGUCUGAUGCUGGGAUUGCAACUUUUGAACCAAAAUUUCCUAUUGAGGAGCUGAAGAAACAAAAACCAGGUGUCACAUUUGUCGCAAUUUUUCCAGCACCAUCAUCAUCCUCGUCGUCAAGCUCGGAAUUAUAUUCAGACAGUACAUCUUCUUCCGGGAGUUCUUAUUACAGCUACGGGGAGGAUGAGGAGGAGUACGAUGACUCGGGGUAAUGUUAACUUUUUUCUUAACUUUUUGUACAUAAAAGGCUGUUAUUUGACAUGAUGUUUCACUCAUAUUGGAGUUUCUUUGCAUUUUACUUUUUUUUUUGUAAUCAUGUCGUUACUAAACCAAUCGUAUUUUCUGAAGCAUUUGGUUGUAAUGUUUUUAAACCACAUCCAAAGUGAAUGUAGUUCAAUUUCCUAUGGAACAUUCAAGUUGGAGUUUCAAUGCCUUCAUGUGAUACGAUUUUUGAGAUACUUUUUUCUUCACUCUACAUCAGUUUUUAUAUCCAAAAGUGUAUUUUCCAUUUCUUCCAAGCUUUAUGCACCUCACCACCUCCUUUGAUCCAAACUAGUACCAAACACCUAGUUGAAUAUAUAUGCAUCAAACCUUACCAGGACACCAGUAUCGAAGUAAAACACUAAAUGAGAUUCAACUAUUCAAAGUAAAGCUACUAAACUUCGUAUCAGUCUCCAAAUAUGAUGUAGCUUGAAUAUCUGAAUUAUCCAAUUUUAAAUCUUCUUUUGCUUCAAUCCAUUCCAAAACUGCUUGAAUUCCUUAGUUUGCAUCUUCUUGAGGGUGAUCACUUUUAUUGAUUAAAAAUCCGUUUCUUGACUUCCUCACAAAAUCAAGAAAGGAAGUUAAGUACCUGUUUUGAAAGAGAUCGCAUGCUCUUGAUCAGUAUCAUGGUACCAAUGUUGCCUUCUAGCUCUGCUGUUGGACUGUCAAAAAUUGAUGGGAAUGGGCACAUCUCCAUAUAGCUCUAGCAUAUGGUCACUUUUUACAUGGUUGUUCUUUCUUUAGAGAAACAACAACACAUUUUGCCUACAACAUAAGUUUUGAUACAUCUCUAAUCUCGUUGUUGAUGAAAGAGCUGCAUAUAAACUUACUAACAAUUACCACACCAAAAUUCACAUAACAACAAUAACAACAAAAUAUAACACGAGAAAAUUAUUAAGAUGAACCCCAUUAAAAAUUAAAACCAAACAUAG